UACUCCGCGGCAUUUGCCGUUUCAGAUAGACCUCGUCCUGAUGGUUCAGGGGGCACAUUUCAGCUCAACCUGGCCAACAACACGGUUGACAGAAACCAGAUGACUACAAGUUCCAACAGGGUUCAUACGGAUUGUGUUUCCAACCGGAAGCAUGGGCAUCAUAACCCUCCCUGCGGAAAAAGCUAUUCUCCGCACGGAACUGUCACAUCCCCUGGUGCGUCCCAGGACUCCAAGGCCGAAGAGAAUGGCUCGACACGACCCAAGAGAAAGACCAAGCCCAAUCGCGGUUUUGAUCCAGCUGCUCAAGUAGCCAGAGACGCUUCGGCCGUCGAAUACUCCGCGGCAUUUGCCGUUUCAGAUAGACCUCGUCCUGAUGGUUCAGGGGGCACAUUUCAGCUCAACCUGGCCAACAACACGGUUGACAGAAACCAGAUGACUACAAGUUCCAACAGGGUUCAUACGGAUUGUGUUUCCAACCGGAAGCAUGGGCGUCAUAACCCUCCCUGCGGAAAAAGCUAUUCUCCGCACGGAACUGUCACAUCCCCUGGUGCGUCCCAGGACUCCAAGGCCGAAGAGAAUGGCUCGACACGACCCAAGAGAAAGACCAAGCCCAAUCGCGGUUUUGAUCCAGCUGCUCAAGUAGCCAGAGACGCUACGGCCGUCGAGCAGCCUCCACCAGCUCCAGGUUCGCACGGCUACUUCUCUACUUCGCAUGCACCCAUUCAAUACUCCGCGGCAUUUGCCGUUUCAGAUAGACCUCGUCCUGAUGGUUCAGGGGGCACAUUUCAGCUCAACCUGGCCAACAACACGGUUGACAGAAACCAGAUGACUACAAGUUCCAACAGGAUUCAUACGGAUUGUGUUUCCAACCGGAAGCAUGGGCGUCAUAACCCUCCCCGCGGAAAAAGCUAUUCUCCGCAUGGAACUGUCACAUCCCCUGGUGCGUCCCAGGACUCCAAGGCCGAAGAGAAUGGCUCGACACAACCCAAGAGAAAGACCAAGCCCAAUCGCGGUUUUGAUCCAGCUGCUCAAGUAGCCAGAGACGCUACGGCCGCUGAGCAGGCUCCACCAGCUGCAGAUAUAUACUCCGCGGCAUUUGCCGUUUCAGAUAGACCUCGUCCUGAUGGUUCAGGGGGCACAUUUCAGCUCAACCUGGCCAACAACACGGUUGACAGAAACCAGAUGACUACAAGUUCCAACAGGGUUCAUACGGAUUGUGUUUCCAACCGGAAGCAUGGGCGUCAUAACCCUCCCUGCGCAAAAAGCUAUUCUCCGCACGGAACUGUCACAUCCCCUGGUGCGUCCCAGGACUCCAAGGCCGAAGAGAAUGGCUCGACACGACCCAAGAGAAAGACCAAGCCCAAUCGCGGUUUUGAUCCAGCUGCUCAAGUAGCCAGAGACGCUUCGGCCGUCGAGCAGCCUCCACCAGCUCCUGGUUCGCACGGCUACUUCUCUACUUCGCAUGCACCCAUUCAGUAA